GGGACAUCCUUUUUCACAACACAUUCUAGAUGUUGACUUACCUCAGGGGUUUAGAGAACUUAAAAUCUGGUACGACGGGUCGACUGACCCCUCUCGACAUCUGAGGAGUUUUGAAAACAUGGCGGUGUUGCAUAGCCACAAUGACCCCGUUCAAUGUCGAGCGUUCCUGACGACCCUGCGAGGACCAGCGCAAGAUUGGUUCCAUCAAUUGCCCCCAGGAGCCGUCAGAGACUUUGAUGGAUUUAGCUCAAGUUUUCUAAACCAAUUCGCGAGUGUAAAAGCCCAAGAAAAGUCUUACCUUACUUUGAUAGGUAUGCAACAAAAAGAAGGGAAAUCAUUGAGGGACUAUGUGGCGAGGUACACUCGGGCGUGUGUCGACGUCCCCUCGGCCACUGAGGAAAUCAAGUUGGGAGGACUACUCCCGGGACUGUGCAGAAAUUCUCUAGCAAAGCGACCCAGAAGGACGUUCGACGAU